AUGCCGGGUCAGAAGGUUGAAACGGGUCAUCAAGAUACGGUUCAUGAUGUUGCGAUGGAUCACUAUGGUAAACGGUUGGCUACGGCUUCUUCAGAUCAUACGAUUAAGAUAAUUGGAGUGAGUAACUCGGCCUCACAGCAUUUAGCGACUCUUACUGGUCAUCAAGGACCUGUUUGGCAGGUGACGUGGGCUCACCCGAAAUUUGGUUCUCUACUUGCGUCGUGCUCGUUUGAUGGGCGUGUGAUUGUGUGGAAGGAAGGUAAUCAAAACGAAUGGAUUCAAGCUCAUGUGUUUGAUGAGCAUAAGUCGUCUGUGAACUCGGUUGCUUGGGCGCCGCAUGAGUUGGGUCUUUGUUUGGCUUGUGGUUCGUCGGAUGGGAAUAUAUCAGUUUUCACUGCACGAGCGGAUGGUGGUUGGGACAGUUCGAGGAUUGACCAAGCUCAUCCCGUUGGUGUCACUUCUGUGUCGUGGGCUCCUUCCAUGGCACCUGGUGCUCUUGUUGGUUCUGGCUUGCUUGACCCUGUUCAGAAGCUUUGCUCCGGUGGUUGUGAUAGUACUGUGAAGGUGUGGAAGCUUAACAACGGGCAUUGGAAGAUGGACUGCUUCCCUGCUCUUCAUAAGCAUACUGAUUGGGUUAGAGAUGUUGCUUGGGCACCAAAUUUGGGGCUUCCGAAGUCUACUAUUGCAAGUGCUUCUCAGGAUGGGAAGGUGAUUAUAUGGACUGUGGCCAAGGAGGGGGAUCAAUGGGAUGGCAAGAUUUUGAACGAUUUCAAUACCCCUGUUUGGAGAGUUUCGUGGUCAUUGACUGGAAAUAUAUUGGCAGUGGCUGAUGGGGGCAAUAACGUUACAUUAUGGAAGGAAGCAGUAGAUGGAGAGUGGCAACAGGUGACAACUGUGGAACCUUAG